AUGAGCCUCAGGUCGAUAUUGGGGGGCUCGGGGCGGGUUAAGAAGAAAUCCCCGUCGACAUUAUCGAGCCGACCCAGCGCAGCGAAGCGGUCGUCAUCCUCCAGCGCAUCGCCUUCUCCGUCAUGGACCUCCUCGCUACCCCGUCGCAAACCGGGAGCGACGUCGUCGUCGAAAAGAGUCGGAGGUGACGACGACGACGACUGGUUCGACGACAAGCUCGACGACCUGGGUCUCGUCGCGGCCCUCGCCACCGACCUCAACCUCCGCGAUACGCCCCAGGCUAUCCAGUACAUCCGCGCGCGCAUGUUCGCCCCGAUCCCGGAGACCGCGGCCGGCAUGACGUCCACCCGGAUCUCCGAGGUCCUGAAUUACCGCCGGAACCUCCCGCCCAUCAUCAGCAUCGCGCACGUGCAGGCGCUGCUGGCGUCGCCCAGCGCCGUCGAGAGAGAGGUCGCCGAGCUUGCGCGACGGGGGUUCCUGCGGCGCAUCGUUGUGCCGCGGCGGGGUGCCGUGGGCGAAUUCAUCGUGCUGUCAUCUGACUACGAGGCCUCGAUUAAGCGUACAACGCGGCUUGGCGAGAAUACUCGGGAAACCCUAUUGCAAUACCUUGCGUCGAACCCGGAUGUCCAGGUCUUGGGGAGAGACGCGCUGAAACCGGCUGAGAUAGCGGAGCUCGUGCACGCAGGUUUCCUGACCGCGCAUCACUCCGGUGGCGUCGUGAGCCACGACGCUAUUUCCGGCACCAUGCGGUCGUAUGCGCGCCCCGAGGACAAGAUUACCCUGACAUCCCUGGAGACGAUAUCGCGGCAAGCGGCGGGAUCGCUCGGCACAGUGGGUGGGCAGGGCGCGCUGCGCAAUGCCGGCGGCAGUGGCGGAGGCUCGCUGUCCGUCGUGACGCCCACGACGUCCCCUGGCACAGAGUACAGACUUGCCGCGCCGGGGGCAGGCUCGUUCCUCAAGCUUGUCUCUGCGGCGCUAGAUCACCUCGUCUCGCUGCUGGGAAAGUCCAGGUUCCGCGAGGUACCCGAGUCGGUGCUGAGAGAGCGGUGGGACGGCGGCAUCGCCAGGGUCGAAGACGCCCGCCAUGCUGCUGCUGCGGCGGCGAAGAAGGCCCGCGGCGAAUUCGCUGGCGUGCUCCCUGGGCAGACGAGGAAGUGGCGCCAGUUCUACGGGCUCGCUUUCGAUUGGGUGCUGCAGGAGGCCGUGGGCGCGGGGCUCGUGGAAGUCUUCGAGACAGGGAGUGUUGGGCGGGGUGUCCGUGCCAUCAGAUAG